AAAUAUAUAAUUUCGAAGUCCUAACCUUCAUCUGGAAACUGGUUUGGAAAGUAGAAAUAUGUGUUAUGGUACAUUUUGACAGUUAUAACAGUGUUUUCAGAGGUUUUUUAUUUAUAAAUAUAUAAGAAUAAAUAUAGUUUCUAUAUAAAAGUGAGUUAAGUGUGCUUAGUUUGUUGUAAAAAUGCCAGCAGCAGUGAUUGAUAAGCAGGACCGUUCGGAGCAGAUGUGGAAUGCCCUGAAGAAGCAUAUUUUGCGUGAAAGGGAACGCAAGAAACAGGAAAGAGAGGCCGAGGUUGAAGAGGAACGGUUGAGGAAAGAACGCGAGGCAAGGGAGCAGCAAGAUGUUAUGACCUUAGGUGAAACAAAGGAACAGAUAUCACAGCUCGAGUCUAAGCUUUCAGUGCUUAAGGAAGAGAAACACCAAUUAUUUUUGCAAUUGAAACGAGUACUUAAUGAGGAUGAUAAUCGUAGGAAACAAUUACACAAAGAAACUAGUGAGGUUGUGGCUUUGCAAAACAUUCCUCCAAGCAUAGUGCAUCAACAAUUGUACAUGCCAUCAUCUAUACCUAGAGGAACGCCAGUACCACAGCAGAAUCUAAAGCCAGCAACAAAAAGACCAAGGAGUCCUAGCCCUGUCUCCUUGUACCAUCAGAAUUACGGCUUCAAGCCCACCAAUGUGACAAACCCAUCAUAUCAAUCUCCACAGAAAGAUGCUAGACCUCACGAAUUUGUUCGAGCUGUAUUAUGGAACAAAACUCCGCAGUACGCGAAUCAACCUGGAGCGUUUUACACGGUUCCGCCGCAGGAGCUGUCUAUCUACUAUUCCCAGCAAGGUGCAAUCCAAAGUAGGGAACCAGCCAGGCAGGUAUUCGAAACGGCUAGACCGCCUCCGACUUCGUACCAUUUGGAGCAGAAGCCGAUGGAACAUUAUCCACUACGACCAUCCUCGUCUCACGUGAUCCAUUCCGGUGCUAUUGCUAUAAAUCCACAGCCGCAACAGCAACCCAACAAGACUGGAAGUAUCACAAGUGGAUAUCCCAUCAGGCACACGCAGUACCAGCAAGUUCCGGCACCCGCGUCCGCACUAUACACGGCUCAGAGCAGACCCAUCUACCAAUCCCCCAGUGCCCCAAUGAAUUAUCCCCCAAGAGAACAGUAGGUCCGCGUAUAUAUUAUUAUUUAUAUUUUUAACGAAUAUAUUAUAUUUCUCAGUAAUUAUCAACAUUGACAAUCAUAUAUGUUAUGUGCACUUAUAUAAUAGAAUAUGCUCUUAAUGUUCUACUAUUUACAAUGUACAGUAUUAAAAUAAUAGCCUUUGGAAAA